UUUUGGCUGUAAACAGUUUGAGUUGGCCUCAGCUCUGCUAAGCCUCUUUUGCUCCCUCAGUGAAUAAAUGGCUUAUAGUACCGGCUUCACUGGCUGCGCUGCCAUUAUAGUAAUGAUGUUUAAUGUUACACGAUGGACACAUAAAAUACACACGCAUGCACAAAACAUAUUGUUAAAACAGAACCCCCAUGCUGGGUGUUUGCUACAGGAUGAGUUUUGUUUCCUGCUGACACACAGAUUCAGCCCUGAAGAGUGAUGCUGACUGUCCAAGUUCCACAUUUUUUAUCUUUGAUGAACCUCCACCCACUGACACAUCAACACACAUUCACAAUCCAAAUCACAACUGCUGGUGUCAGGGGCCAAAAGUGCAGAACACCAGCUCCUGUCUGUGUGUCUGCCAUACUUGAAAAUGUUCAUUUUUAUCAUCAGAUUUCAGCAGCUUUUGCACUGUUGUGUUUGUGUAGCAAGACUUUAGAUGUGUUCAAGGAUUACUGGAGUUAUUUUUAAAAAGGGAAACAGAUAUAGCCAAUCUAACGUGCUUAUCCUGUAAUAUUUUCAGUCUACUUUGGUCUCAGCUCAAACACACACCAAGAGCGCCAACUCAGUUGUCAGGGGCAACCUGUACGUGCUACGUCCUACAAGUUGCGUCAAUUGCUGCCUUCAGGUGCCGUGGAAAAUGAAGGGAUAAAUACAGCGCACACGAAAGACGCCGCAAAACAAUUUAUUAUGUAAGAUGUGUAUUUAAGGUAGAAGCCUGAUACACUCUCUGUCUAACCCCCAGAAGAUGGGACAACGUGUUAUCACUUAUAGGCAGUUAUAAAUAAUAUCUACAUCAUGCUGUCCAAAUAAUAAUAUUUCCAUUCAGACAUGUUGUUUGCUCUGUUAUCAGCAUGUAACGAUGACUUUCUUUAUAUUAAAACUACUUAAUUAAAACAAACCUUUAACAUUUGUUCUUACUCUAAUGUACAUGUUUUAAUAAAAGAUUUCGCAUUCGUAAAUUAGGUUGAUUUUUGGUUGCAUGAUCGAGGAUCUUCAAAGUCGGAGCUGAUAACGCGGCAGUGAAUGCAGCACUGGUCGCAGCCUGCAGGCAGCGGCAGCAGACCGGUACCCGAGCGGCACAGCGCCGCAUCACGCUGACACCAGUGCGUCAGAAAAAAAUCCCCGAGAAACUGUCCACUUUCUCCACGAGUGUCUCGACGCCACCAGCGGAGCCGCGAUGCUCUGGAUCAUGUAGGAUUCGACUGUUUCUUUUUUUUUUUUUUUUAAGAUCCCAGUUUUCUUUUUCUUCUUUUCUUUUUUUGCACUUUUUACCGGAUAGCCUGCAAACUGUGAAGCCUCCUGUCAACGCCGCCGGAGUCCCAUUCAUCUGGUCGCCUGUAGCCUUGAACCGGAGCGGUGAACUUUGGGGGAAAACUACGAGUCAACCCCGUCGUCGGUAGCUGAAGGAGUCUGUGAUAUAUUUGGCCUGACAACACUUUUGGUCAUGAGUGAACAGAGUAUCUGCCAGGCGCGAGCCGCCGUCAUGGUGUACGACGAUGCCAACAAGAAGUGGGUCCCAGCAGGCGGAUCCACGGGCUUCAGCAGAGUCCACAUCUACCACCAUACGGGCAACAACGCCUUCCGCGUAGUGGGCCGCAAGAUCCAAGAUCAUCAGGUGGUGAUAAACUGUGCCAUUCCUAAGGGGCUGAAGUACAACCAGGCCACGCAGACCUUCCACCAGUGGCGCGACGCCCGACAGGUGUACGGCCUCAACUUCGGCAGCAAGGAGGACGCCAACGUAUUUGCCAGUGCCAUGAUGCACGCCCUGGAGGUGCUCAACUCCCAGGACACAGGCCCCACAUUGCCCAGACAGAGCCCCCAGGUUCAGAAUGGCCCCACACCAGAGGAGAUGGACGUGCAGAGACGGCAGCUUCAGGAGCUGCAGAAGCAGAAGGAGAUGGAGCGCGAGCGUCAGGAGAGGGAGCGUCAGGAGCGCGAGCGCCUGGAGCGGGAGAUGCUGGAGCGCGAGCGACAGGAGCGCGAACGUCAGGACCGGGAGCGUCAGGAGAGGGAGGCGCAGGCGGAGAGGGAGCGGCUGGAGCGCGAACGCCAGGAGCAGCAGGAGCGCGCCGAGCGCGAGCUGAUGGAGCGGGAGAAGGCGGAGAGAGAGCGGAUGGAGAGGGAGCAGCAGGAGCAGUUGGACAGAGAGCAGCAGGACUGGGAGAGAGGGAGACGCAUCUCCAACGCCGCCUUUGAGAGCACCCUGUACACUCCCACGCCUCAGGAGUACAGCAGGACUUCCUCCACCCCCGUGUCUCCAUCCACGCCCACCUACCCAGCUCCUGGGACGUCACCCUCCUCCACCACUCCCCCAACCCCGCCUCUAAGGCAUUCAGCCUCCAGAUUCGCCACCUCACUCGGUUCUGCCUUCCACCCAGUCCUGCCUCACUACGCCACGGUACCGAGGCGACAGCAAGCCUUUCCCCAAGCCCCGCCUCCUGCUCCAGCCCCCGCCCCAGCCCCGACCCCACCACCCAAGUCUGUGGUGUGGUCAGCGUGCAACUUCACUCCCCUGCCGCCCUCACCCCCUGUCAUGAUAAGCAGCCCCCCGGGGAAGGCUGCCGGUCCUCGGCCGCUCAUUCCCAUCGCAGCACCUUCCCCUCUCACCCAGAAGCCCCCCUCGCCGGCCCCCAAUGGCCCGCCCAUGUUCCCCGCACCUUCCCCUGUAACCAUCCCGCACAGCCACACACCUAUCGGCAUCGCCUGUCCCACCCCACCUCCUCCGCCCACCCCGCCCCCUCUCCCUUCCCCUGUAGCUCCCCUUCCGUCUUCCUCCUCCGUCUCGUCUCCCCCCUCCUCAUCCCAGGCUCCUGGUGUGCCCUCUCCCUCCACAGCACCCCCUACUGCUGCAGCUGCUGCCGCCGCCACCUCUGCCUCUGCUGAGCACCUCUCCCUCCCUGUGGGCCUGGGCCUGUCAGGGUCGGGGGAGCCGGACACAGCUACAGGCCCAGAGCCCCACCCGCCUCAGUGGGGCUCCACCUGUCAACCCCAGCCCCAGGAAGUGGUGCAGACCCCAGGGUUGACCACCCCGACCCCUCCCCCACCUCCACCCCUGCCACCCGGCUCCACUGUGACCCCCGCGGCCGCCACGCCAGCCGCCACCCCCACCACCCCGGCCGGCCACCCUCCCCCGCCCCCUCCUCCCCCACUCCCCCCUAUGCUGACUCCAGGCGGGACCCCCCCUCCUCCACCAGGUCCGCCCCCUCCUCCCGGAGCCCCGCUCCCGCCCCCGGCGCCUCCCCUCCCCGCCGGACUGUUCUCCCCCUCAGAGGAGCGCCCCGUCUCAGGUCUGGCCGCCGCCCUCGCCGGAGCCAAGCUGCGCAAAGUGCCAAGGAGUGACGAUGCAGGGGCAGCUCUGGCAGCAGCCUUGUUGGGGGCUGGAGGAGCCGCAGGGGCCAAAUCUGAAGCCAGAGGCAAUGGCCCCCUGCCUGGAGGAGGAGGGCUCAUGGAGGAGAUGAGCGCCCUUUUGGCCAGGAGGAGAAGAAUUGCAGAGAAGGGCUCAUCACCUGAACCUGACCAGAGAUCAGAGGAAGGCGAGAUCAACACGACCCCUAAAAUGUCAGCCUGUAGCACACCAGACAUGCCCAGGAAGCCAUGGGAAAGAACAAACACCAUGAACGGUAGCAAAUCUCCAGUCAUCGGAAGACGAGAGUCUCCGUGGAGAAAUGCCAUGGCAGCAGAUUCCUCCAACAGACCUAAAUCCACUCCUACACCUACUGCAUCCUUAAGUGCCAACGGUGUGCCAACAGAAAGUGUUGACUAUGACAGAUUGAAACAGGACAUUCUGGAUGAGAUGAGAAAGGAGCUGUCGAAGCUAAAAGAAGAGCUCAUUGAUGCAAUCAGGGAGGAGCUGGGUAAGUCCAGCACGGCGUAGAGGAUCCAAACUCCCUCGUCACAACAUCUACAUCCACGUGACCCGACAGACAACCACAGUCGAUUCAAGACAUGACAGUGCAACAGCAGAAAAAUCAAAUCAACAACACAGUUGAGACGGUGAUGAUGACAAUAAUCAUAUUAAUACUGAGAGAGGACGUUCUUUUGGGGGCAGAGCAGCAUCAGACAGAACAACAAUGGGACAGGGGUGGUGGCUUGUAACUCUGAUAGAUGUGACUCACAGAAUCCGUUCUACAAAGGUCUGGUGUUCCUGCUGCCUCCUCGCCUGAACCCCCCACCCAACCUAUCCAUCCCCUCCUCCUCCUCCUCCUCCCCCUCCUCCUCCUGCUGAGGGCAUCGCAUCCUGGAGGACAGUGCACGGUCUGAAAGAGACGCGAGUGUCUUUAUGCAAAGAUGAUUUCUCUCUCUCUCUUUGUCCUAUAAUAACAAGACAAAAACACACACAUUGAACUCUUGGAUGAUACUGUAUUAACCAUUGGCUCAUAAGCGAACGCUUCAGAAUCAGAACUCUUGUGAUUAACUAUCAAAAGGCACGUUUUUGUUAAGAGAGCUCGGGGACGGGAAGAAGGUGGGGAUGGAAAAUAAAACCUUUUUUUUCCCAUAAUGCCAUAGGGGUAGCGUGUGUGUGUGUGUGUGAGUGUGUGUGAGUGUGUGUAUGGGGGACUGACAGUCUCUGGUGAGGUCCACCACUGCAGGACACUGUAAAGCUUGUCUUCCUCAAAUACUAUUUUAACCUGAAUAUGUACAAAAGAGAGAAAACGUUAUUUAGAAAAUCACACAAAGGUAUCUAUCAACCAUGUCUGUUUCAGUGUAGAUCUACGGCCAUAUCAAGUAGCUCAAUAAUCCAACCUUUCACACAGGAUGCUCUCUCGUCUGUCUCCUCGUCUGUGGAAUCAUAAAGUGUUGUUCCCCCUCCUGAAGCGAGCGCCGCGUGGAGACGUUUCACCGUCAUUUCUUUGUUCAUGCUGUUUGAGUGGCAGGUGGACGAGACACGGAGGGCAGCCGCCCAGUCAGACGGCGGCCGUCGUAGCUCUCUACCAAACUUUAUCUGUCAACAGAAAGUGCUGAUUCGCUAAUCCCCGUCAUGUUUGUUGACCAUAGCCAGACAUGUAGAUAGAAGUGACUUCCUUUGAUUUAAACUCUCUCUCUCUUUCUCUCUCGGUCUCUGUCAUGUUCGUCGUUUUCUUUACGCGGUGAGGGUUACAAGUCUGCCACGAAAUUGCAUUAACUGUCACAAGUUUUAUUACAAGCAAUAAGUGUAGCAUCUAUUUUAAAAGGCCCUACCUGCCCCAGUCCCACCGCCACCAAACAUUUAUCAGUGUCUGUCUUUCCUUUUUUUUUUUUUUUUGGCCCUCCUGAGCUCCCGUUGGACAAUGUUACUGUGUGACAAACCGCAGCCUCUUGUUAUUGAACCUAAAGGCUGACAUGAGAGAAUAUCAGAGCAACACUGUAAGACAUGAUUUCGUGGAAUAACCAUUUCUAAAUCACAGUACUCUCCUUUUUUUAUUUUUUUUCUAUAAAAUCCAAGGAUACUGUAUCUUUAGCCACAUUGGAGCUGAACUGAUUUUUUUUUUUUGUUUUUUUUAGCCUUUAUUUUUAUUUUACUGCAUUUAUAAAGUUUUCAAAUGUGCACAGGACAACCCAAAUGUGUAAGAGAUGGUGUCCGCCCGAGGAUAUGAACGUGCCAUUUACUAUUUCACCAGUGCUUAGUGAUGACGUGUUUGUUUCAUCAUUCUUUCUUUGCCUUUUCCUCCUGCCGCUGUCAAAUCCUUACGAGAAACUGUAUUUUCCCUGAGAUGUUGCAUACAGUAGAUAAGGGAACUGUCACUUUAUUCUAAAAAAAAACACUUUAAUUUCUGCGUUUCCUUCAGUUCAGAGCUGAGUUCGCUAAAAGCUCAAAGUACAAUCAACCUGAGAAGGAUGUGUCUGGAACUGAGAGACCGAUGUCCAAAUACUGUAGCUGUGGCUCCGUGAUCACAUAUCAAGAUUACAGAUAUGUUACAAUUCUGUUCUCUUGUUGUUAAAAUACACAUCCUGAGGAGUGACGGUGACAACAGACUGUAACAGCCACCCACAGUGAGGUCUACGGGACAAGCUUGGCUCUUGGAAACAGCUCAUAGGAUUUGAAAAUGAUGCAUUGCAAUUUAGCAUCUGCAGAGUGAACUCAUGGCAUCUACAUCAAAUUGAGGGCUCAUAAGGCAAUACAGUGUGAAUACUGUCAACACACUUCACUCUUCACAUCAUAGUUGUGGCUUCCUUGUAACUUAAAUGGGCACUCCAUAGAUUUAAUAUUGCACUUCCAUAAAGUUUAGACUUGCAGUGAGAAAAUAAUGGUCAAAACAGAGGCAACAAAGGCUGAAAAUAUCCUGACUACAAUUCCCAAAAUGCAGCUUGAAUAGCAUGUUUUUAUUGAAGCGCUCCCUGCCUGAUAAAUAAAACCAUUGUUUAGACUCAACUCUUUGAGUUUGUAAUGCUAGAUUUCUGGGCGUUUCUAAGCCUAGGUUGAGUCAACCCUGGUGACAUCACUAUGACAUCACCAGUUUUUAUUUUUUAUCAGACCUGUAGACGUCAGUUUUCACAGGCCGAGUUGCAUGCCUCAUGAUCAAACUGAUUCUUGUGUGCAGAAUUCGGUGGAGUGUCCCUUUAAAUCCAGAUUAGAAGCAGCUGAGGAGUUCUCAUCACGCCUCGCUUGUGCCCGGAGAUCCCCGUGGAAGGUUCGUUCAUCUGUAGCUGUUGGAUCUCACACAACACAACUGUGUUCAAGGGCUUGGAUGUUAGAGCUUCACUACACAAGAUGACCAGUUUCUCUCAGUUGCUUUGGAACGGGUCAAAUGUGUUCAAAUCGCUGAGAUGAGAAAAUAAAGUUCUGCAUUAGACAGAUGCCACAGUCCUUUGGUUUGUAGUGUGGUGUUGGCAUCUUUUUCAGAUUUCAUGUCUGUUUUAUCUCUCUCUGUUUGAUAAAUCACCUUCUCAUCCACUUUUUUUAAAUGGAAACACCCAGCCAUGAGGCUCCCUGUACUGAGUGUUUACACAGCAUCGAUUGCACUUUAAGACAAAAAACCCGCAGAGCAAUCCAACAUACGCUGACAACAGUUGCUUAGAGCCUCUGUCGCCAACAGUGUGGCUAUCUCACCAAAGGAUUCAACUCGGCAGUCUCCUGCUAAACAUAAUCACUCUCAACAAAGUCGCCUUUCUUAUUUUUGUAUCAUUUUGUCAAGAGAUCUCAAAGAAAAUAAAGAUGUCCAUCUUUGUAUUCAGUCCUCUGGACGUGAUGGCAGGUGAAACGCUUUGAUCAAGAACAGUUAAUCUCUUUGUGAAGCUAUGUGGUUUGUGCCUUGUUCCGAAGUUGCAUUUAAUAUGUCAAAGAUAUAAAGAUGACUAGUAAUAAUAUCUAGGGACUGUCAUUCUGAUUACAUGCAGUUUGUUAUUUUGCCUGUCUUUAUUUUUUUCCAUCAUGUUGAUUUGAAGGGAGAGUUUAAUGACCUUGGUACUGUUCCCCACCAAGAAAACAUCUUUGCACCAAGAUCUUCUUUAUUUGCUUAUUUUUACGUACGUGAUUCAUUUCCAUACAGUUGUGAGGUUGCUUUUUCUUCCAGCUCAGAAGUACAAUCAAACCUUUGAGACAUGAGGACUGUAAAAGGGGUUCAAAGAUGAUCUUCACUCAGAGAUGAUUUUUUUUUCUGUUUUGGAAGUCCAGAUGAGUCUGGCUGCAGUGUUCUGUGUUCCCUCAUGCCAUUUAAAUGUCACAGAGACUGUUUGUGUUCAGCAGCUUAGCAGCUUUCUCUACACGCUUGGAAAUCUGUUUCGUCCUCUGCAGUGAGGUCCGCUCCACGUUUAAUGUCACAUUGCUGAUGGAAACAUUGAUUUUUCUUUUAUUGUCCAGUUUUCUGCUGAGGGAACCGAAAGAAUUGUGAAUUUGCAGGAAUAAUUUGCAGAGAUGAAUUUGGCUGAAGCAAGUUUCAUGGAUGGGUUUCCAGACUUAUUCUUUUAUCAUCUGCAUUGUACCAUACUGUUCUCAUGUUAAUUAGUCUUUUCUUACAUGCUAACAUAUUGUUUUGUUUGAGCAAAUUAAAUAAAAAUUGCAAUACAAGACUA